CGCCGUCGUUACCGGAAGCUCCUCAACAAGCGGCGGCGAAACUUUAUUAGCAGAGGGGAAGGGGGAACAGGCGGCGAGGGGAUGUCGGCGAACUACGCGGCGGGGCUGUCGCCGUACUCGGACAAGGGCAAGUGCGGCCUCCCGGAGUUUUUUGACCCUCCGGACGAGCUGGACAGGAAAGUCGCCCAGCUGGCCCUCUUGAUCCAGGACGCUUCCAAUGUGGUUUUCCACACCGGGGCUGGCAUCAGCACAUCUUCGGGAAUCCCAGACUUCAGAGGCCCCAAUGGCGUCUGGACGAUGGAGGAGCGGGGUCUGUCCCCGAAGUUCGACACCACUUUUGAGAACGCGCGGCCAUCCACGACCCACAUGGCCCUCUUGGGGCUGCAGAGAGCCGGCGUUCUGCGGUUCCUGGUCAGCCAGAACGUGGACGGUCUCCACGUGCGCUCAGGAUUCCCCAGGGACAAACUGGCGGAGUUGCACGGGAACAUGUUUGUGGAGGAAUGCAUGAAAUGCGGAAAGCAGUAUGUGAGGGACGCCGUGGUGGGCACCAUGGGCCUAAAGCCCACCGGCCGGCUCUGCGACGUCUCCAAGCGCAGAGGCCUUCGGUCCUGCAGAGGGAAACUAAUGGACACCAUCUUGGACUGGGAAGAUUCCCUGCCUGACCGGGACCUCAAUCUGGCAAGUGAAGCGAGCAGGAGCGCCGAUUUGUCCAUCACUCUGGGGACGUCCCUGCAAAUCAAGCCCAGCGGAGACCUUCCUCUGUUGACCAAGAAGAAGGGAGGGAAACUGGUGAUUGUGAAUCUGCAGCCAACGAAGCACGACAAGCACGCUGACCUGCGGAUCCACGGCUAUGUGGACGACGUCAUGGCGAAGCUCAUGAAACACCUUGGCUUGGAGAUCCCCGAGUGGACGAGGCCGCUGGUGGUGGAGAAGGCGGAGCUCGCCGAGUCCAAAGCGUUCGCCAAGCCCGGCACGGACUUUAAGUUCCUGACCAAGGCGGAGCCCCUGGGGGAAAACCCGGAGGAUGGCGCCUCUCCAAAACAGGAGCCCUGUGCGACUCCGGACAGCGACCGCGUCGUACCCAAGCGUUUGAAAUUGGAGCCUCUGCCCACCUGAUGGAUCCUGCGCACGUUCGUCCGGGUCGUCUGUCUUAGAAACAUUUUUUUUUUACUUGUAUAUAGGACUUUUCAAAAGACCAUCCCUCCUUGUUUACGUGGGUUUCCCCCACCGUGGGAAAGUUUGUCUCCUUUUCACAAGUCCACU